AUAUAAAUGCAGCUGGUGAUGAGACGUAAAUAAAGAGAGAGAGUCGGAAGAAGCAGAGAGAGAGAGAGAGGAGACAUGGCGUUGCAAUGGAUGAUCCUGGCGUACGUCGUAGCAGUUGAGGCAGCAAUCGCGAUUCUUCUAACCCUACCAUCGCCAAAGCUCGUCAAAUCUCGUAUCGUAGCCCUCGUCUCCCUCAUCCUCCAGCCUGCCAUCAGCAUCGUCCCUUUCGCCGGCUUCCAGCUCAUGGAUAUAUAUUGGAAGAGUGAGCACCGCCUCACUUGUACGUCCGAGGUCUGUACGGCUGCUGAAAGGGACCGCUACGAGAAAUCCAUUUACAAGGCUCAAAGGAAUGUUGUUCUCUGUGUUGCUGCAUGCCUUCUUUAUUGGUGUGUCUAUCGCAUUUGCAAGUAUCACAAGGAGAUUCAGGAUUUGGAAGAAGUAGAGAAGAGGUACAAAGAAAUGUAAGCGUUCUGCUAGCCCACUACAAUUCUUCUGUGGAUGAGGUGGAGGUAACUGAAUCAUGCACAUUUACGUUGUAUGAAAAGUUGUGGUUAUUGGUAGGAAUGUUGCAAAGCUAUUCAGACUUUGCUUUUGCCGUUGCAUUUGUAGGGCUUACAACAACAUCUUUGCAUUUGUUAAUAACAUCCCGACAGUGAACAGAACCAUUAAUAGAUGAAACUUUUAGUAGUUUUUGA